AUGCAGUCUCAACUUGAAAGUGAACAUUUAACAUUACGUACUAAUAUUAUUUCAGUUGAUCGACCAGAUUCAUCACAACUUGUUGAUCUUCAUGUUUAUAUAAUACCAAAACAUGUUUGGAAAAAUCGUCAAAAUUUAGCCGAAAAUGAUACAAUGGAACAAGCUAUAUCAGCUGGUUUUGUUCAUGUACCACAAAAUUUAACUAUACAUGAACUUCGUCAAUAUAUUCAUAAAAUUUGUGGACAAGAUGAUCAAUUUCCAAAAGAUUUUAUUUAUCUACGAAGUGUUGGUCGAUGUUUAACUAAAGUAAAACCUCAACAAGAAACAGAUCUACGAGUGAAAAAUUAUCGACCACCAAUGACAUUUGCACCGGAAAUUUUUAUUCUCGAAGGACAUCAUGAUGAUGAAUCUUCAACACCAACUAAUACAAAAAGUUAUCUUUUUCGUGAAUCACCUAUUCAUCGAUCAUUAAUGAGUCCAUUACCAUUGACUACAAGUCGUCAACAAAGUUGGAACAAACCGAUUGCUGCUCCACUAUUACCACCAUCGACAUUAACAUAUCGGACAUUUGUUCAUUCUAGUGAACGAAAAAAUUCAACAAAUUUUAAUGACCUUGCUGUUUCUUCAGAUUCAAAUAUUUCAACAGCUUCGAGUAUACUUAGUGCCAGAGAAUUAGCAAAAUUACGUGAAGAACAAGAACGUCUUCGUUUACGUCAAAUUGAAUUAGCUCGACAACGACAUGAAAUCGAACAAGAACAAAAAAGACGUGAAAAAGAAUUACUUGAAAAACAAAAAAAUCUAUCUCAAGAACAACAACAACAACAUGAAAUCGAACAAGAACAACAAAAACGUGAAAAAGAAUUACUUGAAAAACAAAAAAAUCUAGCUCAAGAACAACAACAUGAAAUUGAACAAGAACAACAAAAACGUGAAAAAGAAUUACUUGAAAAACAAAAAAAUCUAUCUCGAGAACAACGACAAAAAGAAGAAGAACAAGCAGCUAUUCGAAUUCAAGGAGCUUAUCGAAAUUAUCGAAAUCGACGUAAAUUAAAAGAAAAAAAACAACAAGAACAUGCUGCUAAUGAAAUUGAACGUUUACAAAAAGAAGCACGUGAAUUAGCUCGUCGUAAAGCUGAAGAAGAACAUAUUGAAGAACUCAAUGCUCAUGAUGUUGUAAAACUUUCAAAUCAUCUUGAAGAAUUAAAAACAAAACGUGUUGCAUUAGAAGCAGCUCGUGAAACAAUUAUUCGUCAAAUGCAACAAUUACAUGCUCAAAUUGCUGUUCGUCGAACAGAAGAAAGAGAUUUAUGGAAACAAAAAUAUCUUAUUGAAAAGAAAAAAACAGCUGCACUUGAAGAACGUGGUCGAAUAACAUUGAAUGAUCAAUCAGAUACAAAUACUGAACUUGAACAAGCUAAAAUUCGUUUGAAUAACAGUACAAAACUUCGACAACAAGCUGAAAAUGAAUGUCAUCUUUUGGAAGAAGAAUUGAAGCAAAUUCGUUUAAAUAUGAGUAAUUUAGAAAAUCGUUCAUCAUCAAAACAAUCAUCUUCUGUACAACAAAAACAACAAAUUAAACCAAUUUCUCUUGACAUUACAUUGCAAUAUUAA